CAGUUCAGAGCAUUCCGUUGCCUAUUUCGCAGUUCUGCCUUUUAAUUGGAUAGUUUUGAAGCUGUGAUAGACCGUUUUCGUAAAAUUCGUCUUUCAGAGUUUGAUUAUUACUUAUAUCGACGUUAUUGUUUCGUUAGGUUUGCGAAAGGUUCAUCCUUACUGGUUUCAGUUCGUCGUUUUUACGAAAAGACGAUGGAUUGGUAGACAGCUGUUGGAGGUGAUGAACAAAGAACUUCAUUCCCUCUAUGCAAAUUAUUUCGAAGAUUCAAUAAAACUUGGGAGGAUCACGGUGAACGACGCCAAGGUCGAUGUCAGCUACAAACUGAAAGACAGCGACAUUGUUCGAAAUAUAUGCCAUAGGCAUGAAAUGCCUGUAUUGGACCGAUCAGUCAAAAUAAUUGCUGACACGGACGAGCUGAUCGCCAUAAAUAAGCCCUGCUCCCUUCCAGCAAAGAACGUACUUCAUCGCCUUGAUCGUCUUACUUCUGGCUUAGUUAUCAUGCCGAAAAGUUUGGAAGUGGAUGUAAAGUUAAAGAGCCAAAUCCUUUCGCGACAAGUGAAGAAAGAAUACGUUUGCAUGGUCGAGGGAGAAUUUUUGAGUGACGAAGUGACGUGUGAGCAGCCACUGAAAAUUCUUCAUAAAAAUAUGGGCAUUCAGCAGGCAGCCAUUGAUGGCAAAGCCUGCUGUACAACAUUCAAGCGGUUGUGCACCGAUGGGAAACAUUCGCUUAUCUUGUGUUUGCCUGUCACCGGUCGAACACACCAGAUCAGGGUUCAUCUUCAGUAUUUAGGCUUCCCCAUUGUCAAUGACCAAAUAUACAAUAACGAGGUGUUUGGGUCUUGUAAAGGCAAAGACGGCAAGUAUGGAAAGACUGUCGAGCAGUUAAUCACUGACGUUAGUAAGGCGUUUGGAUCUGAAAAUUGGAUAAACGACUAUGAAGUGGACAUUGAAAAAUUCAUGAAGUCUAGAAACUCUUCAGACUGUAGCGCAUUAUCGCAUAUGGGCUUGACGGAGCCGCCUCCGCCAUACGAUCAAAACUGCCCCAGCUGUCAUCUGACUUUUAAAGACCCAAAAGCGGAAGAUCUGGAACUGUAUUUGCACUGUUGGAGAUAUACGGGUCCAGACUGGUCUUUUGAAUGUCCCCUUCCUGACUGGGCCACGGACUUAAUGCGUAGAGCAGCGGAGCCUGUUGCUGCGUAA